AUGAAUGAAAUAGACGAUAAAUUUUAUUAUGUGUACAGUUCAUCUUUGGACCACAAAGUUGAAAUAAAAAUUGGUACUCUUGAGGGAAAACGCACAAAGCCCGAAUACGACAAGCUCUUGUCAGAUCCCAUGCUCAAGUUCUCUGGAUUGUACCAGGAGGGCUGUUCUGACUUGUAUGUUACUUGCCAGGUUCUGUGCGAUGGAUUACCUCUCGCGCUUCCUGUAACUACCUCAUAUAAAGCCUUUACUAAUAGGUGGAAUUGGAAUGAAUGGAUAACACUGCCAGUAUUCUUUAGUGAUUUGCCUAGAAAUGCCAUCCUUGCCAUGACUAUAUAUGACUGCGCCGGGCCAGGCAAAGUGAUGAUUGUUGGUGGUACAACUAUAUCACUGUUUGGGAAGCAUGGAAUGUUAAGACAGGGCAUGUUCGACUUGCGCGUGUGGCCGGGCGUCGAGGGCGGCGAGAGGACCCCCGGCAAGGCGGCCGACUGCGGCAAGGAGCAGAUGCAGAAGCUGGCCAAGCUGGCGAAGAAGCACAGGAACGGACACAUGCCUAAGGUGGACUGGCUAGACCGGCUGACCUUCAGGGAGAUCGAGAUGAUCAACGAGAAGGAGAAACGUAGCUCCGACUACAUGUACCUGAUGAUUGAGUUCCCCACGGUACAGAUUGACGGCAUAAACCACGCAGUGGUCUACUAUGAACAGGACGGCGACGAGAUGUACCAAUUUAGGGCGCAGGCGGAGAUCGUGACGGUGCCUGACUACGAGAUAUUACAGGAGAACCUGGUGGAGAGCAAGCAGCACCGCCUAGCGCGCUGCCUGCGCGGCGCGUGGGGCAGGGAGGCCAAGCCCACCGCCGGGGAGAGGGAUCAGCUCGCCGCGCUGGUGGCGGCGCCGCCAAGGCGCGCCCUCAGCGCCGACGACCAGGACCUCGUCUGGAAGUUCCGCUUCUACCUGUCUUCCCACCGGCGGGCGCUGACGAAAUUCUUGGAGUGCGUCAACUGGAACCGGCCCGCCGAGGUGAGACAGGCGCUGGCAAUGAUGAAGCAGUGGGCCCCAAUGGACGUGGAAGACGCCCUGGAACUGCUCACGCCGAAGUUCACCCAUCCCGCUGUCAGGAGAUACGCCAUCUCGCGACUGAAGCAGGCGCCCGACGAGGACCUGCUCCUCUAUCUUCUGCAGCUCGUCCAGGCGCUCAAAUACGAGGACUUCAACGAAAUACACAACGAGUACGCGCGCGUUUGCGGCAAAGAUGCGCCGAUUUUCUCCGACAACGAAGGGAAGUUGAUGCAGAGCUAUCACAGGGGCAGCCAGGCGAGUUUGCUCUCCACUUCAGUGCUCACUGCUAGCGAAAUGACAGCAUCAACGACAAGCAGACAAUCGGACGAGCCGAAUGUGGAGGAGAGCCCAGCAGCCAACCAAGACGUAUUCAACGGCGCCGAGGAGGCCGGCGAGGAGUGCCCCAGCCUGGCCGGCUUCCUGAUAGAGCGCGCGUGCAACAACAGCGUGGUGGCCAACUACCUCUACUGGUACCUGCUCAUCGAGUGCGAGGACGUGGAUUCGCCCCGCCAGCCGCCCAGGCACAUGUACCUCAGCGUCAUGAAGACCUUCUCGCAGAGGCUCGCCAAAGGCAACGCGGACCACCAGCGCACGCGCUCGUUCCUCGCCAGGCAGCAGGUGUUCAUCGACAAGCUGGUGAAGCUGGUGAAGAGCGUGGCGCGCGAGAGCGGCAACCGCAACAAGAAGGCGGAGCGGCUGCAGCAGCUGCUGGCGGACCCCGACGCGUUCAAGUUCAACUUCGCGAGCUUCGAGCCGAUGCCGUUCCCGCUGGACCCGGCCGUCACCAUAAAGGGCAUCGUGCCGAAGAAGGCGGGCCUCUUCAAGUCCGCCCUGAUGCCCUCCAAGCUGACCUUCCUCACCGCCGAGGGCGUGGAGUACGAGGCGAUCUUCAAGCACGGCGACGACCUCCGCCAGGACCAGCUCAUCCUGCAGAUGAUCACGCUCAUGGACAAGCUGCUGAGGAGGGAGAACCUGGACCUGAAGCUGACGCCGUACAAGGUGCUGGCCACCAGCUCGCGGCACGGCUUCCUGCAGUUCGUGGAGUCGGUGACGGUGGCGGAGGCGCUGGCGGCCGAGGGCAGCAUCCAGAGCUUCCUGCGCAAGCACAACCCCGCGCCCGGCGCGCCGCACGGCAUCCGCCCCGACGCCAUGGACACCUACGUGCGCAGCUGCGCCGGCUACUGCGUCAUCACAUACCUGCUCGGGGUGGGCGACCGGCACCUGGACAACCUGCUGUUGCGGCGCUGCGGCGCGCUGUUCCACAUCGACUUCGGCUACAUCCUGGGCCGCGACCCGAAGCCGCUGCCGCCGCCCAUGAAGCUCAGCCGCGAAAUGGUCGAGGCGAUGGGCGGCGUCCACGCCGACCACUACCACGAGUUCCGCAAGCUCUGCUACACCGCCUUCCUGCACCUCAGGAGACACGCCAACUUGAUGCUGAACCUGUUCUCCCUGAUGGUGGACGCGUCGGUGCCGGACAUCGCGCUGGAGCCCGACAAAGCGGUCAAGAAGGUGCAGGACAAGCUGAGAUUGGACCUCGGCGACGAAGAGGCUGUCCACUACUUCCAGAACCUGUUGGAUAUGUCCGUCACCGCUGUGAUGGCGGUGCUGGUCGAACAAUUCCAUAAGUUUGCGCAGUACUGGCGCAAA